AUGAAUGCAAAUAUAACUUAAAAAGAAAUCUCUCCUGGAAUCAUACUAUUAAAACAUAUACAACCAGGUCCAGAAAUGAUUUACAUAUUUAAAGUGUAAUUGAAUAGAUUAAAUUGUAUGGAAUUCAUAGCUGAUUUUACAGGAAGUGAGAAUAUUUUGGUUGAUGGUUAAAAUAAGAUGAAAACAAUUACAAUAAUUAAUCCAUUUGAAACUAAACAAGUAGCUUAAUUGACUAUGAAAUAAGACUGGAAAUUGAAAACAAAAUUUAAAUUUAGUUUAAAAACAGCAGAUAAAACAAUUCAAUCUUAAUAUUUGAAAGAAGAUCAAAUGUAAUUGACCUUAGAAAUUCAAGAUUAGAUGAAAUAAUUAUAUCAUUAUCCAUUUCAAUUAAAAGAGGUUCCUGAAAUACUUAGAUAUUUAAAAUCUCCAUUUGUUGACCCUGAAUUUUUACCUGUGGAUGUAUUUAAACAAUAUUUAUAUAGUCAAGUAUAUUUGGAGAUGAAGAAACCGAAUUGGAUACAUUAAUAUAAUGGAGAAGACCUAGUGCAUUCUUUUAACUCAAAGAUGCAAAUAAAAGACCAGAAAUAUUUUUUGAUAAAAUAGAACCUAAUGAUAUUAAAUAAGGAGCAUUAGGAAAUUGUUGGUUUUUAUCAGCACUCUCAUCAUUAGCUGAAAGACCUGCAUUAGUGAAGAGACUCUUUGUAACAAUGACAACAAAUUCACUUGGAAUUUAUAGAAUUAAAAUUUGUAAGAAUGGUGAAUGGGUAUAUGUUACUAUUGAUGAUUUAUUUCCAUGUUAUCCAUUGGGUGCUCCAAUAUUUUCAGCUGCACAUGGUAAUGAAUUAUGGGUACUAUUACUUGAAAAAGCAUAUGCUAAAUUACAUGGAAGUUAUUUUGGACUUAGAGAAGGUCUGUCUGGAGAAGCUAUGGUAGAUUUAACUGGUUGUCCAACAGUAGUUUAUGGUUAUAGUGAAUUAUAAUAGAUGUGGCAAUAAUUAUUGUAAUUUGAUCAAGAAGGUUAUUUAAUUAAUGCAUUUACAGAAGGAAAUGAUACUUAGAGUGAAGGAUAGAGAAAAGAAUAAUAAGGAGAUAAUAUAGGUUUGAUUCCUGGUCAUGCUUAUUCAAUAUUAUAAGUGAAAGAAGCAAAAGGAAAUAAAUUAUUAAAUAUUCGUAAUCCUUGGGGUAAUUUUGAAUGGAAGGGAGCUUGGAGUGAUACAUCUCCUUUAUGGACUUAAGAGAUAUAAAAUUUAGUUAAUUUUGUUAAUGAUAGUAAUGAUGGUUAAUUUUGGAUGUGUUGGAAAGAUUUCUUAAAUUAUUUUAAAGGUGUUAAUAUUUGUAAAGUGAGAAAUUGGGAAGAAGUUAGAAUAAAAGGAAAAUUCAUUAAAGUAACUGAUAUAAAUGAUAACAAUAUUGAUGUUGUACUUAGUAAAUGGUAUUAUUCAUUUGUCAUUACAAAGUCAACUAAAGUGAUAUUUGGUAUCCAUUAAGAAGAUGAGAGAAUUAGAGGUGUUAAAUUAUUAAGACCAUAUUUAGAUAUUGGUUUAACAUUAUUUAAAUAAACAGAAAAAGGAUUAGAAUUAAUUGCAUAAACUAUAACAAAAUAAGAUAGAUAAGUAUAAUUGGAAUAUGAUUUAAAUCCUGGUGUUUAUGUUGUAGUACCAAGAACAAGUGGAUUAUAUUUAUAUGGAGAGAAUACUAAUUAAAUUAAUCUAUUAAAUAAUGAUGGAUCUGUUCAUCCAUUACUUUAUUCAACAUUAAAUGAUAUCUUUAGAAAAUUUGAUAUGUUAUUACUUAGAGAAUUGAGUUAUAUUGAAUUCAAAGGAAUUUAUGAUUGUUUAGAGAAACAACUUGAUCCAGAAUAUUUUAAAUAAAUGCUUACUAAAUAUACUUCAACUGAAAAAGGUAUUACUUUCACAGGAUUUGUUGAAUUUUUUAUUGAUUAAAUAAAAUAAUUAGGAAUUGAAACUAUUUACAGAUGGUUAGAAAAAUUAGGAUAUGAUAAAAAUCUAAAUUCUAUAAAAAGUAGAUGUUUUAUCUUUACUGCUCAUUCUUCUAUUGAAAUAUCAGUAACAGUUAGAGAUGCUAUUAAUACUGAUUUGAAUAAUAGAGUUCAUGUCUUUGCAACAACUUUUCCAGAUCAAUAUCAUUAGAUUGAAAAUAUUAAAACUGAAAGAGAAGGCAUCAGAGUUAUUUAAUGUUAUAAUCGUUACUCUGAUACAUUUUGUAUUAUUGCCAUUAAUGAUCAAACAUAUCCAAUUGAAUGUUUUAUUGAUCUUACUCUAAGUAAAGGCUUAAUUCUUUCAACUAAAACUUCAAAAGUAUUAAAACGAUUAGAUUCAGGUUAAAUGGAAACCAUGAUUCAUUUUAGAUCAAACAGAAUUCAAAAAUUAAAAUUAUCUAUAUAAGUUAAGUGGCAACCUGUUUAAUGA